GAGGGAAGAAUAGGAGGAAGAUGUUGCCCCUGGGCAUUGGGUGCUCAGCAGCCUAUGGGGAUACGAGCCUCUUUCCAUUCCUUCCCUUCUCUUCCUCAGCACCAGCCUGCAGACAGGCAGGACUUCUUUCUUCCCUUUGACACAAGAACCUUGACUGGAUAGACUUCUGCAAUCAUGGAGCUGGUGGGCUCAACCUUGACAGCAACCUUUGCCCAUCCCAGACCAACACCCUCAAAUUUCCUGCCAGCCAUCAGCACCAUGGCCUCAAGUUACAAGAACCGAUUCCCUCACUAUGCACUGACUCAUAGUCUGAGCCUUCCUUGGAGACCGAGUACCUACUAUAAAGUUGCAGCCAUCACCCCAACUUUGGCUCCUUUCUCAAAAAGCUCUCAGGGACUCACCCCAAGCCAUGCACUCCCUUUCGUCUCCAACAGAACAAACCUCUUUACAAGGUACACUCCAGAUGACUGGUAUCGGGCUACUCUGACUAACUACAAGGAGUCAGAGGCAUCCCGGCACAAUGCUGAGAGGCUGAGGGUGGACACUUCCCGGAUGAUUCAAGAAAAGGAUCAGCAGAUCAGGAAAACUCAAAAUGAAUCCACCAAAAACCUGGGAGAACGCGUCAAUGAUAUAGUGUUUUGGAAAUCAGAGAUCAACCAUGAGAUAGAUGGGAUGAUUGGAGAAACAAAUGCUCUUACAGAAAUGAAGAAGAGAAUAGAAAGAGCCCUGGUAGAAACAGAAGGACAACUACAGGUAGCCCAGGAAUGCUUACUUCACAGAGAGAAGAGGAUGGGCAUUGAUCUUGUUCAUGAUGAUGUAGAAAAACAACUAAUGAUGGAGGUUGAUGUCAUCCACUCGUGUCAAGAGAGAAUGAGAAGACAUUUGGACAAGGCAAUUGCCCAGCUUGCAGCAAAUAGAGCAGCUCAGCAUGAGCUGGAGAAAGACCUGAGCGACAAGCAAACUGCUCACCGAAUUGAUGACAAAUGUCACCAUCUGAGGAACACAUCUGAUGGCAUUGGCUAUUAUCGGGGCGUGGAGCGAGUGGAUGCUACGAUUUCUGUGCCAGAAUCCUGGGCCAAGUUUACAGAUGAUAACAUUCUCCGCUCUCAGAGUGAGCGAGCAGCCUCUGCCAAACUCAGGGAUGAUAUUGAGACGCUGCUCGUUGUGACUGCCAAUGAGAUGUGGAACCAAUUUAACAAAGCAAACGUUGCCUUUACCAACCGCAUCUCAGAAACAGCUGACGCCAAAAACAAGAUCCAGACCUAUCUGGCUAAGACUCUGCAAGAAAUCUUUGAGACAGAGAUGACCAUAGAAGCAGUUCGGAAAGCUGUCAGGAGCAAAAGUGCUUCCUUGAAGGUGGCCCAGACUCGCCUAGAUGAGCGCACAAGGAGACCCAAUAUAGAACUCUGUCGGGACUCUGCUCAGUUACGCCUUGUUAAUGAAGUGUAUGAAAUUGAUGACACAAUCCAAGGACUUCAACAGAGGCUGAGAGAAGCAGAAGAUACCCUCCAGGCUCUGGUUCACACUAAAGCCAACCUAGAACAUGAUCUAGCUAUAAAAGCAAAUUCGCUCUUCAUUGACCAGGAGAAAUGCAUGGGGAUGCGGAAGACCUUCCCCAACACACUGCGACUGGUGGGUUACACAUAGGAAGGAGCCAAUCACACAGCAUAUGAGGGAGCUUAGGGCCUCCCUAGAUAAUAAAAAGUGUGUUGAGGGGAGGUUUGUUCUGUUGCACAUUUGUGAGCUUUUUAUUUUUGAUGAUAUGACUGUAUUUUCACAUAUUAAAGAAUGCUGUGCACAGGAA